CGAUAGGGAGAGUUUCCCUACCGGCCUGAACCUGGUUCUGGUUCUCUCUACUCUGAGCGCUCUCUGAGCCUGACUAUCGCAACUAUAGACGUCAUCAUCAUUCUUCCCAACUCCGAACAGCGUCGAAUAGGAUUCUAUACGUCUAUCCUCUCUAUCAUCCUGUCUCCUCAAUCCCUUUCUUUGUCCAACUUGCGACGCCUGCGACUAUUCAGUACCAUGGCGUCAAAUGAGGACCUCUUUCGGUACACCUCAGGACGAUGGCUGAAUGACGAACAGCGCCAGCAAGCACUGCGCUACCAACGGUUCAAUGUCGACGCACUAAAGAGUGUCGCCGCGUCUAGUGCUAGAGCAAAUGGUGUCACUGACAUCCGAAAACUAGCUGAAGGACGAUGUAACAAGGUCUUUCAUAUUCAGCUCACAGAAGGAGCUCAGGUUAUUGCUAGGAUUCCUACUCCGCUCUCUGGGCGACCGCAUCUUGUCACUGCGAGCGAAGUGGCCACGAUGGAAUUUCUACGCAAUCGUUUAGGAUUGAAACAGGUUCCACGUGUCUUAUCAUGGUCGUCUAGGUCAGAAGACACGCCUGUUGGAGCCGAGUAUAUCAUCAUGGACGUUGCGGAUGGCGUUGAACUUCAUUCAGUUUGGCAUCAGUUGUCGAUGAAGCAAAGGCUUCGGCUCGUACGCCAGUGGACCCUGUUUGAGUCAAAGGUCAUCAAAGCCUUUAGUGGUAGUAGCGGUUAUGGUUCGUUGUACUAUCGCAAGGAUGUCCCAGCGGAGGAUGCGCGCGAUGUCUCCGUGGAUGGCCAAACCGAUCAGGAGUUUGUUCUUGGACCCAGCACACUGCAAACAGGUUUUUGGGAAGACCGCUAUGGCUCUCCUGAAGACGUAAAACUUGAUUGUGGACCUUGGUCAGAUGUACCGUCUUAUCUUCAAUCUAUCACCCAAUCCGAACGCGUUUGGAUCAGGCGAUUUGCCAACCCACCAGCUGCUGGUGGUCGUUCAUUUGUCGCUCCAUGGGAGCCUCCUUCGCAUCUCCAGAUACCGCAGAACCAUCUUCGUCUGCUCGAUCAAUACGACAGUAUUGCGAAGUAUUUUAUCCCCUCCGAUGAACGGCUUCACCGUCCUACUUUCACCUUGCGCGAUUCGAAUCAAGGCAAUAUUUUCCUGUCGCGAGAGGCCUUGGAACGCGAUGGUACCAUCGAGAUUUCAGCUGUCAUUGACUGGCAACAUACCGCGGUUCUACCUUUGUACCUCACAGCGCUCAUACCUCGGUUCAUUGAGCAGGUUGAACCCGCUCCUGGGCAAGCUGAAGAAGAUUUAAGGAAGGAGACAGCGUAUUUGCGCAAAGCGUACCAUGCGUUGUAUCAGGAUACCGGACUUGAUGUCGUAUGGGCUUCUGCUCUGUCAUUUGGAGACAAGUUUUCGAUGGCUCAGCAGUUACCUUCCGCUGCACAGUUUUGCUGGCACGGGGGGUAUGUCAAGCUCAAGCGACUCCUCAUACGUGCAGCGACGGAAUGGGAUAGUAUCGUUGGGCCUGAGGUACCUUGUCCCCUCGGUCCUGAAACUUUUUCAAAGGAGGCGAUUGCGCAGGCGGAGGAGGAGGAAAGAACAUGGAUGGAGAUGGAGGACGCGAGGGAAAGCAUCGAAAAAGCUGUUGGUAUCGAGAACGACGGAUGGGUGCGCAGCGAGGACUACGACAAGGCUGUUAGAGUCAAUGAGGUGCUACGCAAGGCUUGGGUGGAGAGCUUAGGGAAAGAAGAGAGGCACGGAUUAGGCGGCGUUGAUCCUGUUGAGAUAUGGCCGUUCCAGGGACGAGCCGAGUCACAUUGA